CUCUUCCCUAAAACAUCCCUAACUCUCCCCAAUGUCCGUCUGUGUAGUCCCAUGUGCAGACUUUUUCGUAUGUUGGUGUAGGUACAACAGAUUCGUUUUCGAUUAUGGCAUUUAUCUAGACUAUAGUGAUUGUGAAAACAAUAUCAAAACCACAAGAAGAAGAGACUGUGUAUAUUUCUUAAUGAAAAUUUCAGAAAGUUUAAUGUGUCAAUUUCUGCCAGUUUAUAAACAGUGACAAUGAGGGUUGAUCCAGAGAAGAAAGCCCUGCAAGCUGAACGUGCCCGGAAGUACCGCCAGGGUCUGUCUGAAGGUGAGAGGCAAAGGCAGAGGGAAUUGGCCAGGCUAAGGCAGCAACGAUUCCGAGAAAGGAAAAAAUGUCAAAGCAGGUUACCUCACCCAGCAGAGGCAUUGAAGGUGAAGCUACCAAUAAGGACCUCGAGCAAGAAGGAUUCAGUCUCAAAGGCAACGCGAUCGUCAGUUGAAGCAAGACGUGCCUACUGGAGGGAAAGAAAACAAGCUGAAAGACAAAGACUCAAAGAGAAGGAGCCACAAAAACUGAGAAGGAUUCGAGAAAAAGAUCGGAAACAAAAGAGAGAAAAGCGUGAAAUGCAAAAGAAAGUUGCAAGUUCCAGAAGGUCAAAUUGUGCAUCACAGAAUCCAUUCUACAAUCAGAAUACCUUCUACAAUCAUGUUUCCAAAGCAAGGAAAUCAUUGCCGGAGUCCCAAAGGAAGUUUGCGCAAGUUAUCAAGGCACUUCUGAAAAACACCUCACCUCGAAAACAGGCAGCACUGGAGAAGGAGGGAAUACAGUGGAGUACAAGUCCCCAACUUUCACCACGUGAGCUGAAACUACUGCAUCGAAAGUCAGCACUUACGUUGGCACGGAGGGUUUUGGCCAAAAAGAAGAAGCCAGGACGAAAACUCCCAAGGCAUGUUGUGGAGAAAGUGCAGUCUUUCUACAAGCGAGGGGACAUUUCGAGAAUGCUUCCACACAAAAGGUAUGCAACGAAGCGAGAUGGAGCAGCAUAUGUCAUGCAGAUGACGCUCAAGAGGGCCUUCCAGACCUUUUCCAAGGACUCUCCACGGUGCAAAAUAAGUUUUGCCGCCUUUGCAAAGUUAAGGCCAAGGAGUGUUCGACUCUUCUCAAGAAACUUUCAUGACACAUGCCUCUGUGUGUAUAUAUACAUUGGCGAUGGUUAAGCGCAUAAGAAAGGUUCAACAGUCGUUCUUAAAGUCGCUCUUAUCUUACAAACAGCUUUAUGAAACGACCCCCUGUAUAGCUUCUGUAUGAGCUGCCAAAGGGAUUACUACAUCAAGUAGUAUGCAUACAUGUAUGUGGUGUACAUACAAACAUAAACUGUGCAUCAUUCUACUGCAAAAAGUCAGUCUUUGUAAGAUUGACUUUCAAUAUCCAGCAAUCGUUUUUUUUCUUCAUUUUUACAUAUUGCAUGUGUGCGUCAAACACUCACUCCAUGGAAUAUAAGGCUUCAUCAUUAUCAUUGAACCCUAUGUAAAACACGAUCAUUCAAUGAAUGGACAGCAAACUGUGUUAUCACAGCACUGUUUCAAUAUGUAAUUCAAUUUUAUGAAACAAAAUUGCUAAGUAUGAGCAUGAAUCCAAAUAUUUGCAAGCUAGAACAAAUGAUGUGAUGCUAUAUCUACAUUUCAAUCAAAUUACAGAUAAACAGUUGCUUUGCUAUUGAUUUUGAAAAAAAAAUCAAUCAGUAAUGCCAUAUGAUUUUUAAUUAUCUUGCAGUGUCUGAAUGGAGUAGUCAACAGGUUAAUUAUCAGAACAAAUUGAUUAUCACAAUAUUG